ACCUCCUGAUUCUUGGAACUGUCACGCAACGAACGAUAUAAUUACAUCUGAAGAUAACUGCACGGGUAAGGCAAACUUCAUUUUUCUAUACUUCCACAGAUUUUUUUUUUCAUAUUGUCACUUUUGUGUUGUGCCCGGUAGGUAUAAGAUCCCAAGGAAGAAAUCACGGCUUUCCAUGAUUAAUUCAUUUAGCUGAGCUACAAACAGAACUAUGUGAACUUGAAAUACGAAAUUUGUUCAACCGCAGAUAAUAUAUUAGAUACAAAUAGUAUUUGAGUUAUGAACAGCGAGCAGCCAAUUGAUUCUCACAAAUGAAUUAAAAUGAGGGUCAUUCCUCUGGAGUGGAACUUGCUCCGAUGUUUUUGUCAAACUAAUUGCCUACGUUUUAACUGUCACAUGGCAUUUAGAAAUGGGGCUGGUUGCAAGGGGGGGGGGUUUAAAGUGAAGCUGUGGGGAUCAGUGGGGAGGCAGGGGGGGUGCCUGGAGGGUGUGUCUCCCAUCUUCUUUAUAGCCAUAUUAUUUCCUCUAAAAUCAUUGCAAUUUUAAAACAAAUAUCAACCCUUUAAGUCCCAAAAAUGAUUUAGAUGUAAUUUCUUCUUGGGAUUUCAUUAUAUUUGCAAACAGAUUAUGAGAAGAGACAAACUUAUCAGCUAGAGGGUGGUUUCUUGAUGUAUGUCUAAAUUCUCCUGUCUAAUCUGCAAAGCAAUAUAUUACAUAUCCUGUUGGGAGAGUUAGGAGUUAGAUUUUGGAAGUGAAAGACCCAUGACACCUUAAUCUCCCUAGUCAUUAAAAGCAGCAUAUGACAGUCUGCAGCCCUUCCCUACAUCCAGGCACUUCAGAGAGCUGCAAAAGUCUAGAGAAAUUUUUUUUUUUUAAAAUCAGCACUCUUAAUCUUGUUUUAUUUUCAUCACUAUGUUUCCACCCAAUAGCAAAGCUCUACUUCAGCAUAAUACAUGCACAGCCCAUUAUUCCUCUAUUCACUCUGAUGAAAGGCUAAUGCUUGAAACUUCAGCCUAGAAACUUGUCAUGGUGGUUAAUUUAGGUUAUUAACUCAGUUGGUAAAGCAAAAUUAUCUUUUAUAAACCCCCACUAAUGCUGCAUUGUAGUUUCUUUAGAAACUUACCCCCUAUAUCUUUUUAUAAUAGAGUUCAGAUACAACAGGUGCUGUCAUUGGUUGACAGAGUGUGCUCUAUCGGAGUUCAAAGUAUAGAGCUGAGCUAAAAUUGUCUCACCAUCUGCCAGUUUGAAGUAUGUGCAACCGUUUCCUGGAUUUCUCUCCAGCUUUUUUUGGUUAAUUGAAAGUGAAAUUUAGAAACAAUGCGAGCCAGCAAGUGGAAGCAGAUGCACCUGACCAAGCUUUUUUAACAUGCCAAGCACUGUAAUUCAUGCAAUUAUAAUGUGAGCAGGGACAAAAAUCCUCAAGGAGGAAAUGAAACGGACAGUUAAAGUUUUAAAGAUUUUGACGCUUGGUUAGAUUGUAAGCGUACCUAUGGUAAUAAAAAUCAAACACAGCUAACACCCAUGUAGUAAAUAUAGUUUUGUGUUUUAAAACAAAACAGAACAAAACAGUUAUUAUGAAAAAUAUAACCAAACUGGCACAACUGUUAAAAUUCAUACAAAUCAUGAAGGUGUCAGAGUGACUAUGAUCAUGCUAAGGUCCAUUGUAGCUAGUUCAUUGUGAUCUCCAGUCAUCCUAGUGAAGAAGGCGUCAGAAAUUACUUUUGCUACCCUUUUGAUUGGCAUGAGUGAACAACUGAGGGUUUGCUCAGAUAUCCUUUCCAAUGCAUUGAGUGGAAGGCCACAACUUUCUGCCCUCAGAAUUGGUAGAUGUUUGUGUUCUUGGGAAACAGCAGUCUCAAUAAUUGCUUCAAUACCAAAUUCUCCCAAUGAACAUCAUGAGAGUUGUAUGGCAGACAGUAGGGAGAAUUACUAAUGAGAUCUUGGGAGAUGGAGAAAGUGUUAAAAUUCUACAAAUAAUUCUCAUUAAGAAUGCAGGUUGCAAUACUAGGGAUUGAAAAAGAAGAACCUCACCAGAACUUGAUCCAGUACCACCUGAAUAUGAUACUGUUGUUUACUAAAUAUAUAUCCAGGAGUCUUGUAUACAGAGUGAAUCUUCUCAUCUCCUGCACAGUUUUCUAAAUGACACUGUAUUGUUCCCACUCCCCCCCAUCCCCUCCCCACCCCUCCUUGGGGAACUUUCUAAGAUUGGUUUGUUCAAAUUUCCAUCUCUUGGGGCAAAAGUUGUGUUCAAAUGCUCCACCCAAUUUUUUCAAAAAAGGCAGAAUCAUGCAGUAAUCUUUAUAACCUGGACCUUGUAGGUCUUUUUCUUCUUAGCUCUUUACCUUUAACCCUUUAACUCCCGCAAGUGAUUAACAUGUAGCUUCUCCCUAUAACAGUCACACAUUAUCCAGCCAACAUGUAAUGAGAAUACUCAAACUUAUCAAGUAACACCAAACACUCAUUAAUUGUUUACAAGGAAAUGUGUAGUAGCUAGAGGAGAGAAUUAACAAUCAGAUCUUGGGACUGAAAGGGUUAAACAUCUCCAUAUUAAAAUAUGUGCUUGUAUUCCACUGACCAGACUUGACACCUCCAGUUUAAAUUCCCCACCCCAGCCAGGCCUGUAGGUCGUUAAGGGGGGGAAGGGAGGGGGGCAGCAGGUGGGUGGGAAGGUUAUGUUAUUGCCAGUUUCAAGAAUUUUUCUCUUCCUAACCCUUCAAUUGCCAGAAGUGAUUACCAUGUAACUUCUCCCUAUAAUAUUCAUAUAUUAUCCAGCAAACAGGUAAUGAGAAUACUCAAACUUAUCAGGAAAAUGUUUUUAUUUUGAUUUAACACCAAAUUCUCAUAACUUAUUUACAAGGUAGUGUGUAGCAGCUAGAGAGGAGAAUUAACAAUCAGAUCUUGGAAGUUAAUGGAAGUUAAACAGUUAUAAUAAGUGGUUGUUUUUUUAGUUUCUCUACUUCAACAAUGUGUUUUUAAUAAGCUGUACUGCAACCAGAGGUUUCUUCUGCUUAACCCCUUAACCCCUAAGAGUGACUGGCAUCUAAUUUCUCUUUACCAUAUCCCCCUGAAUCAAACAUUAAGGUCAGGAGAAUAAAAGGGCUGAUCACUGACCAAAGAAGCUCUUGAUUGUUAGACAAAUUCUCCAUGUUGGUAUCUUAGGAAAUGUUUAGAGAACAGUGUGGAGAAUAUUCAUACUGAUGUUAAGGUAUAAAGCAGUGUUCUCUCUUAUUUUAAGCAUUACAGGUAAAAUAAAUUUUCAAACCAGUAAAGCAAUCCUUUUACAUGGUGAAUUUUCAAUGGUAAUAAGAGGUACUACAGGUGGUAAAUGUUACCAGUUACUGCCUGAAAAGGGGAAUGCUGGUAAAGGGUUAAGUGAGGGGCAAAAAAUGGGUGGUAAUAGAGAAUUACACAUUCGCAGAAUGGUGGUUGUGUAAGGCUGAAUGUAACAGAGAUGCUAACUUCUUAAAUAGUAUUGUAGAUCAGAAAUCUGGAGAUUGCUACUUUUCUUUUGGUUCAUCUCCUCCUCCUCCUUCACACAAAAUCAACAGUAAAGACCUUUAAAAAUGUUAUUUCCUCCAAAAAACUUAAGUAGCCAGGCAUGAAAGCCUGUGGAAUCACAGGUGCCAGAUUCUCAGUGUGCUGGACACCAGUCAAGGGGUCUGGGUUCAGGGGUCUGGGUUCAGGACCUGGCCAGGUCAUUGUGUUGUGUCCUUGUGCAAAACACUUUCCUCUCACAGUGUCUCUCUCCACCCAGGAGUAUAAAUUAGGGGAACUGGUGAAUUGUUAAGGAAGCCUGAUGAAAUGCUAGGAGGGGAAACCUUGUGAUGGACUAGCAUCCCAUCCAGGGGGGGAGUAGUGAUACUCUUAGUCACUUCAUGCUACAAAAACUAGUAUAAGCUUCAGCUGGGAAGGCCAAUAGGCUUGAAUACAUACUUAACAAUAAAGGCAAAAUACAAUUGAUUGGACAAAGUUUAAAUGGUUUCAAUUUCAUGGUAAAAGGCUUUAGGUAACCUUAGAAAGAAUGGGAAGACUUUUUCACUCACUUGAACUAACCUACAUUCAUACAUCUCUGAUUUCCUUUGUUGCACAGUGUAAAAGAGAUGUCACUUUGUGCAUGCAAUAUAGGAAAAAGGAGAUGUCUGCUUGUAAGGAGAUGCCUGCUUGUAAAGGAAAGAUACAAUAUGAAAUUUGAAGUUGCACUUGUCCUGUAGAUUCCUUGGUUUUGGAAAAUAACAUGGAUCACGAAACAGACAUAGAGUCUAGAAAGAUUACUCAAGAAGGCUUCUUGGACAUUGGAUUGUGCACUCACACUCCCGACUGCCUUAGGUGACUCCACAACUAGGAGAUUUGUCUUAAUUCUUUUCCAAUGGUAUAUAUGUUUGGUUGGUUUUAACAUUUUCUUCUCUUCUUUCAGAUGAGAUGGAGGAGAGUUUAGAAGAAAAAGUGAGAGGAGGACAGUGCAAAGGAACUUUUUACAAAUGGAGUGAUGAUGAAGAAACAUCAGGUAACAAGCAUUAUUUAAUAACUGGUAAUUGUGAGGAACAGCUCCCCCCACUGACAGUCGGCUGACUGUUGGCUGACAGCUGGCUGACUGUCAGUGGAGGGGAGCUGUUCUUCACAAUUACCUUAAAAACUAUCACAUCUUGUUCACAUUAUUUGUUGUCUUCAAUUUUGAAUUAUUGUCUCGAAAUUCAGCUGUAAUCAAUAUCAGAAUUUUGACUGCCGUCUAAUCAUGUCUUCACUUUGCUCCUUCUAAGUGAUGAAAUGUCGAAAUGGAACACAAUUUUCCACGUUGUUUGACUAAAUGUUUUUAUUUACAAUAUCAACAUAACAUAACAGGUCUGCUCUUCCUAAAUGGCUGGAAAAUCCGUUUUUCUUAGAUUGUAGGUAUAACAUAUAAGUAGGUAUAAGUAGGUAUAACACCUUUACAGGGUUUUGCCUCUGAUUAAACCUUAAAGUGACCAGCAUCUAAUUUCUCCUUACAAUAUCACCCCUGAAUCAAACAAUAAGGUCAUGAGAAUAAAGGAAAUGAUCACCAACUAAAGAAGCUCUUGCUCUUGAUUGUGAAACAAAUUCUCCUUGUCAACACCUUUGAAAAUAUUUAACAAAUAGAGAAGCCCUGACUGUGCUCUGUUCUGUCAUAAAGCAUGCAGGAGUCAGCUAGAGCACAAAAGAAGUGCGGGUAGAAACAGUAAAGUGUCGAUCAAUUUGAAUCACAGUAAAAAAGGAUGAUAAUAGAAAGUUAAAAAUUUGUGGAACAGUGGUUGUUUAAGGCUGAAUGUAACAGAGCUGCUAACUUUUAAAUAGUUUUGUAGAUCAGAAAUCUUGAGAUUGCUGUUUUUCUUUUGGUUCAUCUUUUCCUCCUACAUACAAAAUCAACAGCAAAGACCUUUAAAAGUGUUAGUUCCUCCAAAAAAGUUAGGUAGCCAGGCAUGAAAACCUGUGGGAGAUACAGUGGCCUGAUGCUCAGUGUACUGGACUCCAGUUGAGGGGUCUGGGUUCAAGACCUGGCUAAGUCAUUGUUGUGUUCUUGUGCAAAACACUUUCCUCUCACAGUGUCUCUCUCCACCCAGGAGUAUUUUCAGGGAAGCCUGAUAAAAUGAUGGGGGGCCUUCUGAUGGACUUACAUCCCAUCCAAGGGGAAGUAGUGAUACUCUUGGUCACUUCAUGCCAUGGAAAGUACUAUAUAAUCUCCAGCUGGGAAGGCAAAUAGGCUUGAAUACAGACUUUGCCAUAAAGGCAAAAUACAAUCAACUGAACAAAUUCUUAAAGGGUUCAGUUUCAUGGUAAAAAGCUUUUGGUAAGCUAUAGAAAGAAUGGGAUGACUUUUCACUCACCUGAUCUAACCUACAUUUGGACAUCUCUGAUUUCCUUUGUGGCACAGUAUAAAAGAGAUGUCACUUUUUGCAUGCAAUAUAGGAAACUAGAUGUCUGCUUGCAAAGGAAAGAUGCAAUAGGAAAUUUGAAUUUGCACUUGUCCUGCACAUACCUUAAUUGGUUAUGGAAAAUAACAUGGAUCAAGAAAUAACAGAUGCAAAGAGUCUAGAAAGAUGCCUCAAGAAGGCUUCUUUGGCAUGGGCAUGUACCCUCACAGAAACAAUUGCUUUUGAAGUCCUACGGUUAGAGUAUGGUGAGAUACUAACUGCCCUUCAAAUAUAUGAAGUAACUUAGUAUUAUCAACUGAGUUGAUAGCAUAAAUUGGCCACUUUAUAUAUGAGAUUUGAAGUUGAACUUGACUUGCAGAUUCCUUGGUUGUGAAAAAUAACAUGGAUCAAGAAAUAACAAGAAAUAAUCCAGAGAAAUGUCUCAAAAAGGCCAAUAUGGAUUCAGAAACUGAUGCUAAAAAUCUAGAGAAACGUCUCAAAAAGGCUGCUUUAGCAAGGGCUUGUGUGCUCAUGCCCCCAACUGUCUUUUUGACCCCAGAACUAGGAGGUUUUUUGUCAUUCUUUUCUAAUGAGAUAUAUGAUUGGUUGGCUCUUAAAAUUUUCUUCUCUUCUUUCAGGUGAGACAGAGGAGAGUUUAGAAGAAAAAUUGAGAAGAGGACAGUGUGUAGAAACUUUUUACAAUUGGAUUGAUGAUGAAGAAACAUGAGGUAACAAACACUAUAGCUAUCGCAUCUCAAUGUCUUUAAUUAUGAAUCAUCAUCUCAAACUUCAGCUGUAAUCAAUAUCAGAAUUUCAGCUGCCACUUAAUUAUGUCUUCACUUUGCUCUUUCUAAGUGAUGAAAUCAGGGUCAAAAUGGAACAAAAUUUUCCACAUUAUUCAAUUAAGUAUUUUUAUGUACAAUAUCAACAUGACAUAACAGGUCUGCUCUUCUUAACUAGCUGGACAAUCCGUUUUUUUUAGCUUGUCAACUUAUUUGUCACCAGAUGAGGAGAGGAGGUGUGACACCUUUACAGGGUUUUGCCUCUGAUUGUUCCUAAAAGUGACUAGCAUCUAAUUUCUCCCCAUAGUAUCACCCCUGAAUCACAUAUUAAGGUUAUGAGAAUAAAGGAAAUGAUCAUUAACCAAAGAAGGUCUUGCUCUUGAUUUUGAAACAAAUUCUCCUUGCCUUUGGAGAUAUUUAACAAAUAGAGAAGCCUUGACUGCACUCUGUUCUGUUAUAAAGCAUGCAUGAGGCAGCUAGAGCAUGAAAGAAGUGUAGGUAGAAACAUAAGACAUAGUCAAGACAUAGUCUGAGCCCUUUAAGUCCCACAAGUGACCAAGACAGAAUUUCUCCUUACACUGUCUCAACAAUAUCAAGCGGACAAGUAAUGAGAAUAAAGAAAAAUAUCAAUUGGGGGAUUAUUGUUUGAUCCAAUUCCAAAUUCUCCAAAACACCAUCAUAUAAAUUGUAUGCCAGACAGUAAGGAGAAUUUCUAAUGACAUCUUGGGAGUUAAAGGGUUAAUAGAUGUGAUAUGCACAUUGUGGAAACUUAUUGAAAAAUUAUCUUCCUUGAAAAGAGAACAUUUUACCAUUUGAAUCAGCAACUUAAAGCCUAAAGCCUAAAAGAGCUGCUAACUUUGCAAAGUCACCAAGCUGUGAAUUACAACACCUUGAAUUAUUCAACAGAAUGAUGGAAUGGAGGAAUGGUGGAAUGGCAGAAUAUCCUAAGACAUAGAAAGACACAAUCUCCUAAAACACUGGAUGCCUGGCUGUGCAAAACAAAAGUCUCACAAAUGGAAUUGCAGAUUUUUUUGAAACUCUUGAAGAAAAUCUGGAAGAAAACUUUCCAUUUUUUAUUCAAGUGAUGAUGAAACAAGUGUAAAUUACUGGCCUACUUGUUUAAAAAAAAAACUCUGUCCAUUCAAAUAUACUUUAAUUUAGCUGUAAAGUUUUAUUUUUUCUGGGUGGUGUGAUAGCUGGGUGUCUCAGUGAGUUACCUUUAUUUUAGUUAAAUGCAAUAUAUCUUUUUAUUGUUGGAAAUUUAAUAUGGUGUAUUCUCUUUUUUAUAGAAUAUAAUCCUUCAAAGUAGGAUUGACAGGAAUUACAAGUCUACCAGUGAUUGCAAU